AUGGACGUCUCGGAUAUCUCGUCGACUUGCGACUCAACACCCGCACACUUAUGCACUGGUUCGGAAAGUGGUACUCUAUCGCCAUCUCCUUUACUUGACGUCGAUGUCUAUAUUGCUGGCAAACGCGUCGUCGUACCCAUAGAGUCAACCAUCAUCAAGUCGACCCGCAUCUUUACUUCACCAUGGCUAUUUAUGGUCCUAGUCGCCGCGUACAUCAUCGGUUUCGCGUUCUUCUCGCGCGAACAGUCUUUCUUGACCCCUGAGCAAUCCUUCAUCGGAUGUACGUCGACGUACUGGUUAGCGAACAACGGCUGCGGACAAGACGGAGAAGCAUGCGGACCGUUCGACAAUUCAUCUUUCGACUUCAGAUGCCCGGCGCAAUGCGAUAAUGUCAUUCUGCAAAACCCUAGAACGGUUGGGGAUGGCCAGAUCGCGUUCAAACCCCUCGUUGUUGGAGGCGGUGAUCCUGAUGGGACAUACAGAGGAGACAGCUUCAUUUGUGCUGCUGCUAUACAAGCUGGUGUCAUUUCAAGUAGCAGAGGCGGAUGUGGGACUCUUCAGCUGACUGGCAAUUUCACAGACUUCAUACCCUUCACAUCGCGCGGACUCACGUCAAUCGGUUUCCCGACAAUCUUUCCUGUAUCCUUUCGUUUCUCCGGCACCUCAAGCUUAUCCCACUGCACCGACCUCAGAAAUCCAGCUCUCGCAUUCAACAUCCUUAUCACCUGUGCUUUGUUCAUUGUCCUCCGACCCAAGCCAAUCAUUCUCUACUGGUGCCUUGUCUGCAUUGGCUUCUGGCAUGUGGCACUGUUCUCACAACCGCAAGGUCCGCCUCCAAGGAUAGAUGUCGCCUUCGGUUCAUUCCUUCCAUUAUUAUUUAUAGCCUACGGUUUCUGGCGACUAGCAUUCCGUUUCGUCCUUCCAGCUUUCUCCAGCGCUCCAUUAGAAGCAUGCGUAUUAUAUCUCAGCGGAUUUUGGGUCGGUGUACUCAAUAAUCUUACUUUUGACAAGCUGCCUCUCAGCCGCCUCACGUCGUCCGACAUCAGCAAGCGUAGUGGUGCAGUUGCGACACUGGUUGUCAUUCUGGUCAUCGUUGUCAUUCUGGUCAUUAACCAGAUUCGGGUUGUCCGAAAGACAGGAUGGCUGCCACACUAUCUCGGUUGGUACAUCGCUGGCGGCCUCGUCACUCUGGUCAUUGCUUUACUACCCGGCCUUUCAUUGCGGCUCCACCACUACAUCCUUCCCAUGAUUAUAUUACCUGGAACCGCUUUUCCAACGCGCCUAUCGGCCAUUUAUCAGGGGCUUUGCCUUGGUCUGUUCCUCAAUGGUGUCGCUGCCUUCGGGUUCGAUUCCAUUCUCCAGACCCCUGAAGAUCUUCGCCUAGAUGCACCUCUAGGUUCCGACCUCCCUGUAUUUGCAACGAACUCGACGAACUAUAAUCCUAACAUUCCCUUCGCUAAUCAAACUAUUCUUUGGGAAGCCCUCAUCGAUGGCUGGGACGGCUUCAACCUUCUGGUCGACGACGUCCAGAGAUAUUCUGGCCAGGCACUUAAUUUCUCGUUGGCAUCGCUGAAUGCCACAAUACCCCACUUCUUUCGGCUGGCGUACACAUCCAACGGUGCCACAGGUGAUUUCACCAAGGCGGCCACAUUGUGGCCCAACGGGACCUGGGUGGAUCCACUUCCUGGCCCGUCGCCUCCUUCAUCUCACGACUAUCAGGGAGCAUCGCUCGCUGAUCAUAUCAAAACGACCCUCUCGACGAACUCCUACACGAUCAUACCACAGUUUCGGCCAAUGCCUCCAGUGCACCCCAGCAACUUUAUACUUGAGGGCGAGUUCUUACAAGUCCGAAAGCGGCCCGCGUUAUUUAAAUGCGCGAUCUGCUCCGACCAUCCUGAUGAAGGGUUCUUUAUGGAUUCGGGGGCGAAACUGGAACACGCGAAAGAAGAGGCACAUCGUCGGAGGGCGUGGGAGAAACAACAGACUUGGGAGUUGCCCGUCAUCGACUGGUCCAAGUUCAACUCGGGAAACCCCAUGUCAGAAAGUCGUGCACUAGGGUGGGAGAAGCCGACUGAGCAAUACGAAUUGAAGAAUGCGCUCAUCCAGCAGUGGAGAAAUGAAGUGGCGGAGGCGUUGUUUGGUCCGGAGAAAAGGUCGGCAUAA